GCCAGUUUAGUCAGUUCAAGUCGGGAUGUCGGCCAGCAGGGAUAUGGUAAUCGCACUGGGCUUUUGCCUCAUGUUCAGUUUCAUGAGCAUCGAGGCUAGAUCUUCGGAGGAGUCUUCUGUGAGGACGAAGCGACAAACAGACGACUGGUGGUCACUGCUUGAGGAUUUGCUCUAUGAAAACGAUAGUGGAAGUCAGGACGAGGCGGAGGAAGAAAAUGUUUUGAUUUGUCGCAACUGCACAGUGGUCGUUCAAGCUGCUCCGAAUGGAACAGUGGCUCCGGCGGCAGGAGAAACUACUCCAGGAACUGCUGUAAAUCCAGGAGCUCCAACUCCAGCAUCUCCUGCAACUCCGGCACCUGCCACGGCUGCACCUCCGACGGCAGCACCAGCCACCACAACAGCUGAUCCUGCUGCUAGCGGUUAGGAAACCAUCCUGAUAUUUAGAACAAUAACCCCACAUCACCCCACUAACAUUAGCUUUAAAAUGGGAUUCGGUAUACGAUAGUCUUGCCAUUGGGCUAACACCCACCUCGAAUAAAACUGGCGUUCAUUCAGUUUUAACCAAACAA